CGCCACCGUGGCGCCCAGUUGCUGGCCCUGCCACUUGAAGCCGAUUUCCUUCUGGCGCGACUUGUAGGGCGCGAACACCUGGCCGCCGUUGGACACGGGCAGGUCGUUGGCUGUCUGCGGCGCCACGGCGCCCUUGGUCAGGCCUUCGAUGUAGUUGGCGUAGACCGAGGUGUUCUCGCUGGUCUUGAACACCAGGCCCAGCAUGGGCGUGGUGGCCGACUUCUUGUAGUGGUCGGUCUGCGCGCCCGUGUUGUAGUCGUAGCUGCUUUGCUCGAUGCUCUGGCGGCGCACGCCCACGGUCAGGCGCAGGCGCUCGUCCAGCAUCGUCAGCGUGUCGCCGAUGGCAAAGCUGUUGAGCCGGGUUUCACCCACGCGCGUGGGAUCGGCCAGGUUGCCGCCGAACAGCGUCAUCUCCGGGCGCGCGCUGCUCCAGGGGUUGUAGAUGUUGUUGACCACGCCAAAGCCCAUGCCCCAGGCAUUGCGCUCGGUGGCCGAGUAGGUGCUGGCCGUGGCCACCAGCUCAUGGCCCACGCUGCCCGUGGCCAGGCGCGUGCGGAUGCCGACCUCGCCCGUGCCCACGCUGUCCUUGCGCUUGUUGUCGAAGCGCGUGCCCGUGGUGUCGCCGGCCGCAUUCGUGACGGUCACGCCGCUCAGGGAGUUGUCUUCCUUGCCGCGGCGCAGGCCGCCUGCGGCCCAGGCCGUGGUGGUGUCGUUGAUGUCCCAUUCGGCGCGCAGCGUGGCGAACAGGUCGCGCUCGGUGGAGUACGACCAGUUCUGGCCGUAGUUGGUCUUGUUGUCGGGCACGGCCGGGAUGAAGUUGCCGGGCGUCACGCUGGGGCGACCGCCGUUGUAGCUGUUGCGCUGGUAGCCCACGUCGCCCGACAGGCGAACGUUGCGGCUGCGCCAGUCCAGGCCCAGGCCCAGGGCGGUGAGCGAGCGGUCUUCGCCAUCCACGCCCGUGCCGCCGUCGCGGCGCACGGCGUUCAGGCGGAUGCCGGUGCUCCGGUCAGGGCCGAAGCGGCGCGAGAUGUCGGUGGAGACAAAGGCCUGGCCGCCCGUCUGUAUGCCGGCGCCCACGCGCGUCAGCGCAUCGUUGCCGGCGCGCUUGGGCAGCAGGCUGAUGGUGCCGCCAAUGCCGCUGCCGCCGGGUGCUGCGCCAUUGAGGAAGGCGUUGGCGCCGCGCAGCACCUCCACACGCUCGAAGAACUCCGAGGCGAUGUACUGGCGCGGCAGCAGGCCGUACAGGCCGUUGUAGGCGAUGUCGUCCGAAUAGACCGGGAAGCCGCGAAGCACAUACAGCUCCUGGAAGUUGCCGAAGCCGCGCGCCUGGCGCACGCCCGGGUCGUUGAGCAGCACGUCGCCCACGCUCUUGGACUGGGUGUCCUCGAUCAGUUGCUGGGUGUAGCUGGUGGUGGAGAACGAGGAGUUCUUCCAGUCCAGCGUGCCCAGCACGCCGUUGCGCGCCCCCGUGGCCACCUGGCCGCCUGCGAAGGGCUUGGACAGGCCCUGGGCCGAUGCGUCGGCGCUGGCCUCCACCGUCACAGCCUCCAGCACGGUGUCACCGCCCCGGGUCUGGGCAAUCAGCGCCUGAUGGCUGCACAGGCAAAGAACGGCCAGGGAUAUGGG